UGGCUUCCUGCAUGCGGGAUCGUCUUCUCGUCACAAGCUAUGGGCCGUUCUGUAGGGCGCCGGUUCUGCGUGGUUCACAGAGGGGUAGGUUCACCGGACGGCGCCGAUCAGACUGGGAGGGGGGUUGAGUCAUGACGGCACAGUAGGGGGAACUCGGAUUGGACAUGUUAACCUCUAUGUACCCUGUCGAGCGCACAGGCUUCAGGGAAAAGGAAAAACAGGGCUGGCGAGAGACCCACGCUAACUGGAUUCGCGGGCGGGGGGAGCUCUCAGGCAACGUUGGACGGGACAGCCGAUGGAUGAUGUUCGUGCAGUGCGUGGAGGCCGGCCGUCGGCAUCGGGACCAGGCUGGUUGCAUAUUGAGCCCGCGUUGGCGGCGACGUGACUGGACUGGAGUGCUCCUUGCCUUCGUGUUCCUCUCGUCACCUUUGUUCGAUCUUAGAGCACCGACACCCAGUGUCUCAAGUAUAUACCUGGGAACGCGAAAGACGAGGGGAGGAGAGACACAAAGAAGGGAGAGCGGCCAGCAAGACCCCGGCAGGUACGGAUACGGGAAUGUCGGACGAACGGCGUCGUGGUGUAUCCGUAAGUUUGCGAGACAGCUGGGCGGAUGGGCUGCCGCGGAACAGGGGAUGAGAGCAAAGUCAAAAGGGUAGCUCUAAGCGGGCAUUGACGGGGUCCCGUUCGGGUGUUCUGCAAGGCAAGUCUUUCUACAGAGCAAAGAGAAUGGGAAGAAACCUGACAAUAUUGGGCAUGGGA